CUGCACACGACUGAAAGAUGAAGCUCGCUGGAUUCAUGCUCCUCCUCGUCAAUUCAGCAGCCUCCAUCAAUCUCAAAUACAUCACCAAGAGGAACUCAGUGGACGGCUGUAUUGACUGGUCGGUGGAUCUGAAGACAUACCGUGUGUUGGCCGGAGAGCCGCUGAGGGUGAAGUGUGCUCUCUUCUACAGCUACAUACGCACCAACUACAGUGUGGCCCAGAAUGCCAAGCUGCGGCUCAUCUGGUACAGAAACAAGGGCGACUCUGAGGAGCCCAUCAUCUUCUCGGGUCACCGGCUGAGUAAGGAGGGAGACUCCAUCUGGUUCCGCUCAGCAGAGAUGGAGGACAAUGGGUUUUACACUUGUGUGCUCAGAAACUCCACGUACUGUAUGAAGGUGUCCAUGUCUCUGAUGGUGGAGGAGAGCGAGGAGGGACUGUGCUUCAGCAGUCGAAUACGUUACCAGGAGAGCGCAGAGAUCACCAAGAGCAAAAUGAUCAGCUGCCCUGACAUCGAUGACUAUCUCGCCCCCUACAAGCAGCCUAUCAUGACCUGGUACAAGGAGUGUCAGAGGAAAGAGUGGAGGAGCUCCAUCAUCAUCAACACCACCAGUCUCUGGAUCGCGGAGGUGCAGGAAGACGAUGGAGGAAACUACACCUGUGAACUCAAAUAUGGCAGCAGAGUUGUGCGACGGACCACAGAGCUCAAAGUCACAGCACUUCUCACAAGCAGACCACCAAAGGUCCUGUUCCCCUCAGAGAGACAGACCAGAAUCAUAGACGUCCAGCUCGGCAUGCGUCUGGUGCUGGACUGCAGGGCUUUCUUCGGCUACAGCGGGGACUCCAGGCCCAUCAUCUACUGGACGAAGGGAGAUAAGUUCGUGGAGGAGCUGGAAGGACACAUACGAGAGAGUGGAGUCAGGGUGGUGCGAGAGUUUCUGGGGGAGAAGGAGGUGGAGCUGUCGCUGAUCUUCGACGCUGUGGAGGAGACAGACAUGGGCAACUACACCUGUACGGUGGAGAACCACAUCGGCCGAGGCAGCGGGAGCGCCAUCCUGCAGAAGAAAGACAUGUACAGGUUGGAGCUGGUUGGUGGUCUGGGCGCCAUCAUGCUGAUAUUGGGGAUCUUCACAGCCAUCUAUAAGUGCUAUAAUGUGGAGAUCAUGCUGUGCUACCGACGACACUUUGGCAGCGACGAGGCAGAUGAUGACAACAAGGAAUAUGAUGCCUACCUAUCUUACACCAAAGUGGACUUUGAGUCAGUGGAGCAUGAGAUGAGUGAGGAGGAACUGUUUGCUCUGGAGAUCUUACCUGACGUUCUGGAGAAACACUACGGAUAUAAACUCUUCAUCCCGCACCGGGACCUCAUUCCCAGCAGCACGUACAUCGAGGACCUGGCACGCAGCGUGGAGCAGAGCAGGCGUCUCAUCAUCGUCCUGACCCCUGAGUUCGUGGCCCGCCGGGGCUGGAGCAUCUUCCAGUUCGAGCCGCGGCUGCACAGCAUGCUGGUGACGGGCGAGAUCAAGGUGAUCAUGAUCGAAUGCUCGGACCUGCACAGCGUCAUCAACUACCAGGAGCUGGAGGACCUGAAGCACACCAUCCGAGUGCUGUCGCUCAUCAAGUGGUGCGGGCCCAAGAGCAGCCAGCUCAAGUCCAGGUUCUGGAAGCGGGUGCACUAUGAGAUGCCUGCCAAGAGAAAAGAGAGCGUGUCCCGCCGACAAGUCCUGGACUCGGGUGAGCAGGGGCUGUUCGGUGACCUGCAGGCCGUGUCGACGGUGGCUAUGACCACCACCUCGGCGUCGCUAGCGCCGGCUCACAUCGAGAUCCCGGACUACAACGAGCCGGGACACCUGCAGAUGCACCACUUCUGCCGCAGCUACGAGUACGAGCUGCCCACGCUCAGUGGCCGACACAUGUACUGCAGUCUGCCCAUGACUCUGCUGAACGGACGGCUGACGCACAAUAACACUGGCAAACCCAAGAAAGACCUUCACUUGAACAGCUCCUUCGUGCCGCUGUCCGGACCCGAGCUUUCCAGUGACAUCUGGUAGAGCGGCUCCGCCAAACAUCGCUUCGCCAGUCUCAUCCUUUCUUCCUUCCCAGAGAGCAAGCUCUUUCGGCCCAGAUCCGGCCCACAUGGAUUUCAUAUGGGCCAAAUGCGGGCCGGAUCUGGGCCGAAAGAGCUUGCUCUCUGGGAUUUUGACCUGCAUGAGUUCAUCAAAACUACUUAAUGGGUUAUCUGGCUCUCUUCCAGCCUUUAGUGUUUUCAUACUUUGAAGAGCUACUGAUAUUGUUUUCUUACUUGAAUUUUGAGGUAAUUAUGCCAUGUACAGUAUUUCAUCAAACGCUGCGUCUGCAUUUAUUAAAGGGUUUGUUUGACAUUCUGACUUGGGGUGUUACAGCACAAUAAUGUAAAGACACAUCAGCUCAGAGCUUUAAAGAAUAUUAGGUUCUAUUUAUGCAAAUAAUUCCUAUUCAAAUCUAAUAAGCACAUUGAUAUGGUUUGUAGCUAGUCGAGGAGGUAUUUACAUAUUUGAUACAACUUAUCAUUUG